UGGAUUUGCCCUGGUCUCUUAUUCUGGUAGAUAACAGUGAACAGCAGAAACAAACAGCUAUGAAGUAAAACACUGAUAGUUGGAAAGGUUGAUUGCACUUUAUUAAUUUAUUAUUAGAAGAAAUUGCAAAACCAGUGUUGGGACAGUGCAAGUAUAGACUAAAGUCCCUGAGGUUAGCAAUUUCUUCUACGUUGCGGUCUGAAAAUUUAGGAAUAGUAAGAAUGAUGUAAUGAGACAAAGCAAAGAUGAGCUUGGUUGAAUAGGUAGGAAAUUCCCAGACUGAUUUUCUAGUUCAGCCCUGGGAAAGGUCAAAGCAGGCAGUCUUCACUGCACUGCCUGUGGUGGAAUACAGCAGCUGCUUGCUACUCUUACAGCCACUGUGCUCAGUUCAGACUGAAACCACACAGUAAUAUUUUUAAAGGUUUGGAAGCUUCAAAACAGUGCUGAAAGCCAAGUGUGACAGGAAUAAUAUGGUCCUUACAGACUGAAAAUGCCUAGGUCAAACGCAAAGCUAGGGCAAGGCUGAGGUCUCCUUGAGGUUGAAUUUUUUGUACUACAGCAGGUUUGGCCCACAGCAUUGCACGUGUAGCUUCUGUGCAGGUGACACCUAAUAGCAGAAAGUUUUUUUUCUUAAUCCUCAAUCCUGCAAGUACUUGUUUCUGCAGUACUCCUACCCUUGGCAAGUCUGUUGCUGUUGCUGUGAGAAGGACUGUGAGGAUCUGGCUGUAAGGCAGUACCUUCUUGGGGAACUGUGUGGAAUACAGCCUGUCUUCCCAUCUGGCAAAAAAAUGAACCACACAUCUUCACGUAAGAGGAGGAAUCCUGCUGAAGUCCAUAGUGCCACACAGGACAGAACUGAUGCCAAGCUGCUGCUCAGGGUGGGGCUUUAAGGACAUUCAUCCCCAGCAGCCAGUAGGUAGGGUCAGGUGUUAGUCCUGCAGCUCACCACCUGCUCCGUGGCUGUGCUCCCGCAGCUCCAAGGAGGAAUGGAUGUGAAAUUUGUCACGGUUUUGGUUGUUCUAGCAGUCACAGUUAGUCAGACGUCUGAGACUUUGUUUCCUGGGGCCUUUAACUGUUGCAUGAAAAUUUCAGAUGAAAUUUCCAAAGGAAUUCUCAGAAGAGUGGAGAGAUUUGAAAUCCAGAAAGCUGGUGGCCUGUGUCACCUAGAGGCUGUUAUUCUCCACAUGAAAGGCAGAAAGUUCUGUGUGAAUCCAUGGAAUAGAAAAGUCAAAAAAAUGAUGAAGAAAAUGAAGCACAAGAUUCACAGAAGCAAAUUUAAUGUCAGAAAGCAGAGAAGAACCAGAAUUACCAAACAGAAAGAACAGAAGCAGUAGCAAAAUUAAGCAAGAUGAAGCAAAAUGAAGCAAAAUGAAGCAACAUGACCCAUAAUGAAGAUUCUGUGGCAUAUGGCACUAUGGGCAAGGAUACCAGAUUUCAUUAGUGAUGGAUGAUUGUAGCAUUAAAAUGACUUUUCAAAUCUCUAUGUGCUAGAGAAAGCAGAGGCAGAAGACAUCACCUGUACUCAGAAUAAUGCUGAUCAGACUAUCAGACAAAUGACAAUAUGUUCCUGGUUAUGUUUUGUAGCAAGUGCUCACGGUACCUCCUGGAUCUUUUGGCAGACUUAAAUCUUCCUCUCUUUCACUCUGCUUUUAUGGCAACCUCCCCUGUGACUUCUGUUUUAACAUGCUGUUCCUUCUCAUUCCUCCAAUUUUUCCCAGUACUAUACUUGGUCCCUAUUCUUCCCUGUCUGCAAUCAUCUUUCUGCUGUUGCCUGUUUUGUUUAUAUUCUUCCAGUCAUUAAUCUUUCUUUUUUUCUUCAUUUUACAUAGUUUUACAAACACUUUACAAAAAUUACAAGAUACUUCCAGCUUGUUUGCCAAAACCACAUCUUUUACCUGUUUUAAACAAUCUCUGCUCCCAGCUGUUUCUAUCAUGAAAUAUUAUUUCAGUGAUCCUCUUCACAGGACUCGAAGUGUGGCACUUAGAGAUAUGCAAUAAAGAUCAUUGCUAUUGCUUUUGUUCA